AUGGCUCCCUAUGUUCCCAAGAGCGAGACCUACUCCAAUCCCUACGAUGGGAAGUCCUACACGCUCAGAACCUGGAUUUACGACCUGAUGGUCUUCAUAUUUGACAUCAUCUUCGCCAUCUUUUUCCGGGAAAUCAAAGUUCGUGGCACUCACAAUGUCCCAGUCAAAGGGACGCCAACCAUUUUGGUCUGUGCUCCGCACGCCAACCAAUUUGUAGAUGCCGCUCUAGUAAUGUCCCAAGUGCGGAAGCUCAAGGGAAAUCGCUCGAGACACACCUGUCUGGUAACAGCAGAAGUCAGCUAUAGAAAAAGGUUCAUUUCUCUUUUCAGCAAGAGUACUGGUGGCAUUCCAGUUCCGCGCGCUCAGGACAACCUUAAGCCUGUCGACUCUCAACUUCAAAUUUAUAUUCCUAACUGGGACACACCUACCGUGGCCAAAUGCCGUAUGAUCGGAAGCACCGACUCACCAAGGCUCAAAUCUCGAUUCACUCCUAAAUCCUUGAUCGGCAUGCCUUUUUACUUGGGAAAUACUCAAAUCGCAGAAGUCAAGGACGACGAGACUUUAAUCUUAGCUAAACCUUUCAAAGAUACCCCCCAGAUCCACGAUUUGCUCUCUAGCGGUACAAACUUCAAGUAUGCCCCCAAGAUUGAUAAUACUGCGGUGUAUCAAAACGUGUUUAAUCAUUUGCACUCAAGCGGGUGUGUUGGAAUUUUCCCCGAAGGUGGCUCGCAUGACAGACCUUCGUUGUUACCAAUCAAAGCAGGCGUCGCCAUCAUGGCUUUGGGAGCGGCAGCCGCCGACCCCUCGAUCAAGAUUUCUGUGGUUCCUUGCGGUAUCAGUUACUUCCAUAGAAACAAAUUCAGAUCUAGAGCGGUUUUGGAGUUUGGCCAACCAAUUACGGUCGAUGGUGAGAUGGGAAAAAGAUACGAACAGGAUGCUCGCGCCCAAACUUCUGAACUACUUGACAAGAUAACUCAAGCACUUUACGCCGUAACAAUAAACGCGCCGGAUUACGAAACUUUGAUGACAAUUCAAGCUGCGAGAAGACUCUACAUUCCCGCAGCUUUCAAAGGCGAGAAUGGCCACUUGCCUCUUCCUUUGGUUGUGGAAAUGAAUAGACGUUUAUUGAUCGGAUAUUCUAAGCACCAGGAUGAUCCCAGAAUAAAACAUUUGAAGGCAAUGGUUUUACAGUACAACUCAAAGCUUUACGCGCUUGGUUUAAAAGAUCACCAGGUUCCUGAACUUACUCCUAAAGGUGGCAAAUGGAUAUCUAUGUUGACUUUGGGAAAUCGUCUAUUGUGGACUUCUUUUUACCUUCUUCUUUCCCUACCGGGUACCAUCCUCUUCAUGCCCGUAUUUGUAACGUGUCACUAUUACGCUCAACGUAAAGCUGAAGACGGUUUGAAAAAGUCACUUGUAAAACUGAAAGGUACCGAUCUGUUGGCUACUUGGAAGCUUCUCGUGGCCUUAGUUUUCGCGCCAACAUUAUAUGUGACCUACUCCUUAACACUGUGCUUCUUAGUGAAAUCGCAUCCCCAGUUAUUCAAAUAUAUUUGGAUGGUACGCAUAAGAGAACAGUGUGGUAGUGCAGCAAAUUUCUUCUACUUUUACGUGCUGUUGGUUGCGGCCACGUAUGCAAGCUUCAAAACCGGCGAAACAGGCAUGGAUAUAUUCAAAUCUUUACCACCACUUGCAGUCUCUUUGGUAUAUCCACAGCGUCACCUCGAGCGUUUACAAGAAACGCGUAAAGAGCUUAGUCUGGAAGUCACCCAGGUUUGUAACGAUCUGGGGCCCACGGUAUUUCCUGAUUUUGGAAGAUUUUUGAUUACUCAAGAAGCAGCCAAACAUGGGAAAGAUGACGUCGACCCCGGGCCAAGAAGUAGGUCGUCUUCUGUCCACUCGAUGAGCUCCGAGUUUUCAAAUGCACUGUCCAAAGUCAAUUCUACGUCCUCGCUAUCCGACAUCCCCAUAUUGGGAGAGGGCUCAAUGCGUUCGCAAAUUGACGACGCUCUUGAAGAAGUAACGCCUGCCAAAUCGUCUUUUAUUUCCAACUUAAUAAGGCAAAGAAGGCAAGAGGAGAAGACCGACUAG